GCCCGAGAACCGUUAGCAGCUUCUAGUAGUUGGGCGACCACCAGUUCUUUGUCGAAUUUCAAAGCGUUUGUGGCAGAAAGUGAAUAAUUAUAUUUGUUACCUAUUGAGGCAUUUAUUUCAAUAUAUAUACAUGUAUUCAUUCGCUCAGCAAGACUGAUUUCCUCCCAUAAAAGAAUAUUACUCUAAGCCGGGUUCAGCUUUCUAGAAGUUCGGGGUCAACCUAUCUUAAAUUUAUACGUGCGUAAUGGGAACCCGGGAAAAUGUUAGGCGGAGAAGUUGGUGGCAGCGAUUGAGAGAUGAAAUUUGCUGUCUGGCUUCAUGUCGUUCGCGCUCGAUGUCAAUAGACUCCCUUCCAGAAAUAGAACUAACCGAAAUGCCACCUCGCAGCAAGUCUCUACUUGGGUCCAAAAUGUAUGCUGCUACAGUUCUAGCUGAAGAUUCAUCAGAUGGAGAUGAUUCAUCAGACAUAAAACCACCCCCACUUGAUCUAAGAGCUUGUUUCAACUCUGCCAUAGCGAGAGUUGAGGGACAGUCAUCAGCUUCGAGCCAGGAUAAAACCGAUCAAACGUCUUUAUUUAGUGUAUCAACUGAAGGUGGAACUCAAAAAUCAUUGUCCUCGUCACAAGGAGUAGAGACAAGGUCUUCUCAUCGACAAGAUUGUCAACAAGACGGGGCAUCAGCGAAGCUUGUAUCAGGUACGCAUUCUUUUCGUCAUAUUACCCGGUUUAGGUUCUCCAAAGAGCGGAAGGAGAUAUCUGGGUUAACAGCAUCGAGUGAAUCGAAUGCGGAUUCGCCUUCGGAACUCUCUGUUUCAACUUCCCUGCCCGCUUCACCGAGUAGGUCGAUGAAUCAAAUGUAGAGAUAGGAAUCACAACAAGAGGGGGCAAUAAACUCAACUUAACUAAAAUACUGAUGGUUAACUAGAUGACCGAUCCCUUGAAACGGUUAUGUUCGCAUCAACAUACACCCAGCGCUCUGGGAAUUUAGAGAAAUACGUCAACGAAAUCCCCGCUGUCUAUUUGUAAAAUACUAAAUGACGUAGGCCAUGACUAUAGCUUAUUGUGUAAAUUUAAAAUAACUAAAGGUUCCAUAUGAAUCUGCAACUUUCUUCGCCAACUUUCCAUUGAAGUCAUUUGUUGGCUAAUAAAGUUCCAUCAUUCAUUGUGGCGACUAGAAUUGCCCCCACUACUUUUCACACAGAUUUAAUUAAGCAAAGCAAUCAUGUAAGAUGUACAUGUUUAUUGUCCGUAAAAAAAUAUAAUUAAUGUAGUUAUGUAAAGUUAGAUGACCGCUACCUAAGACAAUAAGGGAAGAAAUGAGUUUUUAAAUUAGUAGUUUCGCGUUGCUUUGACUUUCUGCAAAAUGCAGUUUGAAAAAUAUUUUUUUUUGUGAUUUUAUAAUAGUUUAAUUGAUAAAUUUAGAAUAUUUAAACUAAUUGCCUUGUUAAGUAUCGUCAAAAAUAUUUUACAUCGAAAAAAUAUCUGUUUAUAAAUUGUUUAUUAUUAAGUUGGAAAUUAAUUUUUAUUAAUAAAAUAAAUAGAGGUUACUCUCGAAAAUCUGA